UUACUGUUUUCUCAUUUUCGUUUUUGUUUUCUUCGUACGAAACUGUAUUUUUUGUAAACAUAAACAUACUAGAAAAUAACGACUAUGCUUUAUCUUAAAAGAAUAUACAAUCUCUACAAAAUGUCAAUAUUGCUUUUGUCAAAACUAUUGUUUUGAAAGUGUAUUGAAAACAAAUAACUUAUAGUAAUCAAUUGCAGAUUAGGCAGAAAGGAAAAUUUAUUUAAUUAAGAAAAGUAAAGAAAAACAGUAAAAUAUAUAUGCACGGGAAUGGGCUACGAUGAACGUAAACGUCGUCGCUCCAAAUCUAACACGCGAUCUCGCUCCAGAUCACGUGAAUAUCAUCAUCGCAAUCAAAGUGGAAAAUCACGCGACCGCUCGCGGGACCGCAGACGUCAUAAGUUGUAUCGGCGAAAGCCUUCUUUGUAUUGGGAUGUACCUCCGCCAGGGUUUGAGCAUAUUACCCCUAUGCAAUAUAAAGCCAUGCAGGCGUCCGGUCAAAUACCUGCAAGUAUUAUCCCGGACACUCCUCAAGCGGCAGUACCUGUGGUAGGCUCAACGAUUACACGUCAAGCUCGGCGACUUUAUGUGGGCAAUAUACCGUUCGGCGUUACCGAAGACGAGAUGAUGGAAUUCUUCAAUCAACAAAUGCAUUUGGUGGGUUUGGCUCAAGCGGCCGGUUCUCCAGUUUUAGCAUGUCAAAUCAAUUUGGAUAAAAAUUUCGCUUUUUUGGAAUUUCGUUCAAUCGAUGAAACAACUCAAGCUAUGGCUUUUGAUGGCAUCAAUUUCAAAGGACAAAGUUUAAAAAUCAGAAGACCGCACGAUUAUCAGCCUAUGCCUGGCAUGACAGACACUCCUACAGUUAAACCGGCAGUAAUUACAACUGGCGCCAUAUCCACUGUCGUGCCGGACUCACCGCACAAGAUAUUCAUUGGCGGUUUACCCAACUAUCUUAACGAUGACCAGGUUAAAGAGCUUUUACUGUCUUUUGGUCAAUUGCGGGCGUUCAAUUUGGUGAAAGAUACCGCCACCGGCUUAAGCAAAGGCUAUGCUUUCUGUGAAUAUGUUGACCUAACCAUAACCGAUCAGGCCAUAGCUGGCUUAAAUGGUAUGCAAUUGGGGGACAAGAAACUGAUCGUGCAAAGAGCAAGCGUUGGCGCAAAAAAUGCUCAAAAUAAUACUGGUACCGUGGCUCCAGUUACCAUACAGGUACCCGGCUUGGCCACGUUUGUCAAUUCGAGUCCUCCUACCGAAAUUUUAUGCCUUCUUAAUAUGGUUACACCUGAUGAACUACGUGAUGAGGAAGAAUAUGAGGAUAUUCUCGAGGAUAUUAAAGAAGAGUGUAAUAAAUAUGGUGUGGUACGUAGCGUGGAGAUACCAAGGCCAAUUGAGGGGGUUGAUGUACCGGGUUGUGGUAAAGUUUUUGUGGAAUUCAAUUCCGUUAUGGAUUGUCAAAAAGCUCAGCAAGCUUUAACGGGCCGUAAAUUUAGUGAUCGUGUUGUUGUCACCUCAUAUUUCGAUCCCGAUAAAUAUCAUCGUCGCGAAUUUUAAAUUAAGUUUCAAUUUCUCGAAUCAUUUUUUUUUCUGUGAUUCAUACGGAAUUCGUUUUUAAUUAAAUUUUUAAGCAAACGCGAAAAUAUAUAUAUAUUUAAUAAAAUUUCGCAAAAGUGACAUUUCAAAAUGAGAAAUCUAUGCGCACACCAUCUGCUCGAGAAUAGCAAUGAAAUUUGCUUCAUUGAAAAAUAUACACGUAUUUGCAUCACAUACAUACGUACAUAUCAACUUUCUAAUUUUUGAUGGAUGAGUCUUCAAAAUGUAAAAGUUUGUAUUGAAUUUUUGGCAAAGUAUUACAAACCACUGGUAUAUGCGUUACACUAUUGAUUACCAUGUACAACUAAAAUGUUAACAACUGAUCCUUGCCGAGCCGGAGUGAUUGAUGCUGUUUCGCGUUAACACCGUUUGAUCAGAGGGUUCUCGAAAAUCACAUAGCGUAGAUCGUGUUCAGCAUGCCGCAAUCUACUACAACUAAUAAAAUCUGUAAAGUUGUCUCUUCUUCCUUCUAAAAAAGAAAUGUCCACGUUGAAAAAUCCUUUAAUGAAUUAUAAGCGGAUGAUUUAUCUAAUUGUUCGAGCGAUUUUUAACUAAAUAUCACAUCUCAA